AGCUCUCCAGGACCAGGGUUGGAGACCACUGCUUUAGAUUAUUUAGCACAACAGUGCACUGGCAGCGAGUACGAUAUUCAUGCGCUAGGCGUCGCUAUUCUCUCAAGGAUGAUAAAUGGGCUUGCUAUUAUAACUAGCAACUAUCUCUCACACCACUGCUGUGUUUGUCCUCGCGCUUUGCGCGCACCCGUGCUGGUCGAGGAAAAAAAGAAAAAACAAAUACUGGGGGAAAAAAACAUUUCGUCGGCUAGCUAAAGAUGGCGGAGGUGGCAAUGUCUCUGAAAGAGAUGAGGGCGCAAAUGGCUGCAGCUGCGCAGGCGCAGGCAGACGAGCGACGCAGCCAGGCGCUGAGCAGCCCAGGCUCCGAAGAAGCCGAGGGCACAGCCUGUACGAUACAAAUCCAGGGAGCGCGUCCAGUCAUUGAUGGAGCAGCGCUAAGAAUAGACGACAAACUCAGAGUAGCGAAGGAGAGGAGAGAGGAGCAAGAGAAGCAGCAAGCCUCGCGGGAGUCUCAGAUCUUGGAGCGCGAGCGCAAGACCAAGCAGCAGUACGAGCGACAGAUGGAGGAGCGGCAGAAGAAGCUGGAGGAGCAGCGCAGGAAGGAGGUGCAGCGGAGGGUAGCCGCCGAGGAGAAGAGGAAGCUGAAGCACGAGGAGGAGCGGGUGAGCGCGAGCAGUCCUCCCGAACACCAGGGCGGCGAUCUCGAGCUCGCUGCUCACAGUCAGCGGGCAGAGCUACGCGCCAAACUAGUGGGGAAUCAGAACUGCUGGUCGUCCAGCGCAGGAGCAUUUGAGGCUGGGUUGGGCGCUCCUGAGCGCAGUCAGAGCUGGAUCAGGAGCAGACAGCGUAAGUCCUGGGGAGGGGACCUGACCGCAGACUCUGGUGACACAGGUGGAGCCACGGUACUCCCACCGUCCUCUCCCGUCAAGUCCCGCAGGAAAGCGUCCGCAGAAGCUGAUAAGCGCUCUACGUCAGCAACAAACCUCAAACAGCAGAGCGACUCGGUCGUCAAUAAGCGCUUGUCCUCCUCCUCCGCCACCAUUGCAAAGUCUCCUGAGAAAAGCACUAAGCAAAGGAGUUCCUCUCUAAGUCGGUUGCACAGCAACACUUCGCAUCCUGCAAAGGACUCCCAUAAACUGCCUCAGGUGGAACAGACAGGCCCCUCCCAACAGAAGAGGAGCUCCUCCCUUUCUUCUGGGGUGGGGGGCAGGCUACUGCCCUCCCCCAAGAUUGAAAGAAAAGGGAUCAAGAACGAGCAAGCUCGCCGCCCCCCGGCCACGCCCCCAGAAAACGGCACCCCCAGUCGCCUGCUCACGCCCACCAAGGCCUCACUAGCUAGGAGCAAGAGCAGCGCUGCCCUGUCAGCGGGAGGAUCAGACCCCGCAGUUUCGGCCAGCCCCCUGCACCUGUCCCGGGGGCCCCUGCGGAGCCACAGCAUCGACCGGCAGAAGGGCUGUUCCGACGGAGCCACCAGAAACGCGCAGAAAAGCGAGAAGGAGAAGCGCUUCUCUUCCCCGGGGGGCAAGAGGCCGUCCUCGCCCUCCAGCGGCCCGGGCCGCCGCCGCUCGCCCUCCCCCUCCCCCGGGGCCCCGCCCUCCAGCGCCGGCAGGAGACCCUCCUCCCCCGCAUCGGCCAAACAGAACGCACGUAACCGCCCCCCCUCGCCCAGCUCGGCCAAACAGAGGCCCCCGUCCCCGCAGCCCAGCUCCAGGCCCCCGCCCAUCCAGCGCCCGGCCCUCACCCCCACGGGCCCGCCCACCCUGCGCAAGAGGGACCCCAAACCGAAGGAGAGCUCCAGCCCGGGGCAGCCCGUGGCCCCCCAGCCCGCGGAGACCCCCCCGCCCAGCAACGCGCCGAACGGCAAGAGCAAAGACGACUCCAGCGCCAAGGCCAUCGCGGGCACCACGUCGGCCGAGGCCGCCGCCAAGAUGCUGUCUGAGAACCGGCGUCUGGCCCGGGAGCAGAAGGAGAGAGAGGAGCUGCUGAGAGUACAGAGGGAGGAGGAGGAGAGGCUGAGGAAGGAGGAAGAGAAGCGCCUGGCGGAGGAGCAGAGGGUGCGGCGGGCGGAGGAGGAGAAGAGGAGGGCGGAGGAGAUGAAGAUCCUGGAGGAGGAGCAGGCCCGCAUGGCAGAAGAGGAUCGAGUGAGGCUGGAGAUCGAGGAGCAGGAGAAGCAGGUGGAGCUUCAGAAAGAGCGCGAAGAGGCAGAGGCCCGGGCCCUGGAGGAGGCGGAGAAACAGCGGCAGGAGAGAGAGAGGAUCAUGCAGCAGAACCAGCAGGAGCGCAUGCUGAGACGGAAGAGAAUCGAAGAAAUUAUGAAGAGGACGAGAAAAACGGACCAAAACGAUUUUAAGAGAGAUGAUGAGAAAGGCAUGCUUGAUGAAAACGAGGAAGAGGACAGCGAAGCCAAAGAAGAGGAGGAGACCAAGGAGGAGGAUGACUGUGCCAAUGGAGAGGCGGAGUUUGAGGCAGAGGGGUGGAGCCUGCCAGGAGAAGGGCCAAUGGCAGAGCAGGGGGGGAGCAUGUACGGGAAGUUGGAGAUGGACAACAAGGAAAACAGAAGCAUCUUGUGUGAGAGGGACUCAGAGUCUGUCAGCCCCACGCCCAAAGCGUUGCUGGUGGAGGGUUCGGAGUUCCUGAACGAGGGCUCCAGGAUGGGGCUGCUGCCGGGCCUCAACGGGAGGGCGGCGCCCUGGAGCCUGGAGGAGCUGAUCGAGCUGGGCGUGCGGCCCAUGGCCGGGCCCCUCAUCAGCGCCGACGGGGGCCCCGACAAACCCAGGCCGGCGUUCGAGGACAAGGGCAGCGCGGUGGGCGCUCUCCUCCCGGGCCAGCCCAUCGAGGCCCUGUCCGAGAUGUGAUGCUGCGGACCUACAGAAGGACUGUGAUCACUGCACUCCAGGGGGUCCCCCGCCCCCCCAACCCCCCCCCAUCCCAAAGACGCUUCGCCUCAGCACAGAGCUCGGGCGGAGCUUAGCUGGAAUGGAGUAGAGUAUUUCGGAUUGCUAACUUUGCACCUCAGAGAAUAAUUUAAAAACAAGCUUAAAGAAAAAAGAAACGCUUCAGGGAAAACGGUAUAUUCCUUCGACGUGCUUGCUUACUCUUGGGUUUCCCCACGGUCGUGUCUGAAAAUGAACCGAGUGUUGUGUUUUUUAUGUUGUUGUUGUGGUAUGUAUGUAUAUAUCAUGGGGGUGCAUACUGUAAUUUAUUCACAUGGCUCCUACCCUGCUGUUCACUGCUCCCUCUGUGUGUUCUGUAGGAGAGACUGACAGACUGACAGACUGACUGACAGACAGAUGCAGGCUGUGUUUGUGAAGGAGGGCGUGGUCGUGCGUCAGCCUUGAGCAGCUGUGUGUGCACGCGCAGUGUCUUGAAGACAGCUGUGUAGAUGAUAUUUAUGAACUGAAAUGUCAGUUUAUGACAGGAAGGUGGCAUCUGUUACAGAGGCUGCUGCUGGCUUCCACUUCACUCUUCAGUCAAAGAAUGGAGGGAGGCGUAAAAGUGCAAAUGGCCCGAUAUAGCCAUUGCCCUCACUCUCAAACGCACAGACGAGCUGUCCGGGGGCCAUUCUAAAAUGGGUGCCUCGCCUUCACUAUACAGGUCCUGAGGUUAUCCCCUUGUAUUUUUUGCCUUUUUUAUUCAGACACUUGGGUUUUGUAGUGAUGAGUUACCCAUGUGGUAAGAAGUUCAGGUUCCGGGGCUGCUGGGUGGCUGAGUCGGUUAAGGCGCCACACUGCAGUGCAUGGUUGAGCCUCAGGUUGAAUCUGGACCGUGCCGGUGCCGAGAGAGGGAUCGAUGCUUUAUCGCUGCUGGAGUGGACGCCUGUCAGAGCUGCAUGGGAGUCCUCCUCUGAUGCCACUCUGCGCAGGUUUAGCUGCGCUCUGAAAGGAAGCAGCCGUUGGACAGCACGCGUCUCGGAGGGGAACCAGGCAUGUCCCGGCUCUCAGGAAACAGCAGGGUGGUGUGUGCGUGGAACACGGCUGCAGUUGUAGACAAUUGGACAUUCCAGAUUGGGGUGGGAAUCGGAUGUAUAGCCCUGAGUUAGGUAGCAAAUUUGUAAAAAAAAAAAUAAAUUUAAAGAAAUGUAGAAUAUGAGUACUGCACCCUUGCAGAGAAAACGGUCUGUUGCCUGUUUCCUUCUCCCUGACGCGCUCUAUCCUGCUUAACUGCCGGUAGUGAGUAGCAGGUGAGAAUCCUCCAGUCUCUCCAUAUCAGUAGACAGCAGGGGGAGCUCUGCAGCCACAGCUGUGACUAACUCACCGAAAAACACUCCUCUAUCGUAGUACUUUUACUUUUUGCCUUUGGUUUUCAUGUAACUGAAAACUGAAGGAUUUAGGAAUAUAAAAGAGGAAACAACCCAGUUAAAGUAUGUGCUUUUGUUUGGUGAAAUUUUUUUGUUAUUUUAUGUUCCUGUUCUUGGAACUUGUUUUACAGCCAUUGAUCUUUAUUAUGGUGUGUUAAGGCUUUUUUUAUUUAUUCAUGACAGUGUAAUGCCAUGUUUCAAUUUGAAUGCUCCCUGGAAAAAAAACUAAAACCUAUCAGCUGGUAAUAUCUGCAUGAAUGAGAAAUAUCUAUAACCUAAUACUAACCAUAAUAACACAUACUGUAAUGGGUGAAUGUUAAAAUGUGCACAGUUUAUCACUUUUUCGAAAUUCAAAGAGCCAAAAAAAAGAGGUUGUUAAGGUGAUCUGUAGGGGGCAUAGUUCACAUUAGCCAUAUACCACACUACUAAGUGUCAAAAUUAAGUGUGUCUAAAAUGUUAUACAAACAUUUUAUAUGAAAACAACUUUUUUUUUGUAUGUUGGCAUUUCAAUAUUUCUGCACUAACUCAAAUGGAUUUGAAUAUAGUUCCUUUUGUCUGUGGCAUACCAUUUCAUUAAUUUUUUUCAAUGUAAUAUAAUUUGGCUCUCCAUUUUUUUAUAUUUUUAUUUUAAAAUAUAUGUUGGCAUAUUUAAGUAUUUUUAUUUUGUAUAUAAUCAGUAUUAGGCCAUGAAGCCCUAUGUGGGAGGAGAGGUAUAGCGGUAUAGCUGGGGAGUUGGUUGUCAUUGUUACUGUAUAAUUCUAGCACGCUCCAUAACUUCAAACACUUUACCCCUGCUUAGUCCUGUAUCUCACUCAAACCAUUGAUUCACCAUUCUCUAUGCCGAGGGUUUCUUUCACAAAAUCACUUUCAGCUUUCAUUUUGUGAGCAUGGUUAUCCAUGGCCACCAUACUACUUGGACCUUCUCCUUCUGUUUACAUGGUUAAGGGCCAGGGUGAGAAGGGAAGUGCAUUCUUUUUAUGUACAGUACACCACCCUUGGUUGUGGCGACUGCCUGUGGCCAGUGACUUUUGGUUACAUAAGAAAGGGAAUGGUUACCACGUUAGCAUCUUAUAGCUAACAUGAACAAAGAGGGUGAGAGAGAGACCCUGUUGUCCUAUUAUGGGGAUGGAUGUCAGGAGUUCCGGCUAUGGCCAUUGUGUUCUAAACCUCCUAUAGAGUACAGAACAGAACAUCAGUGUACAUGUACCUUUAUUGUGUGAAUGGUUACGGAACAUUCUGGAAAUAAUCUUUGUAAUGUUAGAUUCCACUCUGUUCUGCUGUGUACCAAGGACUGUGACUUAAGAUCUAGUCUGCAUUUUUU